CACCGCCGCUCUCCGGGUAUCACCUGUAACAAGUCUGCCAGUCAGCCAAUCGCGUUCACCGUUUCUGUUUCCUGUGGUCUCUGGGGUUGGGAAGGGGGGAGGGAAAUCGGGCCAAGAAGUGACUGGGGCGCGGGCGCGCGCUCGUUCAGUCGGCCUGCUGCUGCUGGGAAUCCUCGAGGCGCGCGUGCCUGUCUGUGCACCGAGCUCGAGACACGGAACCUGCGUCACGGGUCGGACAACAUGGAGACCGCGGAGGAAGAAGAUAUAUGCAGGGUGUGCCGGUCUGAGGGAACCCCUGAAAAACCUCUUUACCAUCCAUGUGUGUGCACUGGCAGUAUUAAAUUUAUUCAUCAGGAGUGCUUAGUUCAGUGGCUUAAACACAGCAGAAAAGAAUACUGUGAAUUAUGCAAACACAGAUUUGCUUUUACUCCAAUUUAUUCCCCAGACAUGCCUUCACGGCUUCCAAUCCAGGAUAUAUGUGCUGGACUGAUAACAAGUAUUGGCACAGCAAUCAGAUACUGGUUUCAUUACACACUUGUGGCCUUUGCCUGGUUGGGAGUUGUACCCCUUACAGCAUGUCGUAUCUACAAGUGCUUGUUUACUGGCUCUGUGAGCUCACUACUGACAUUGCCCUUAGAUAUGCUUUCUACAGAAAAUUUAUUGGCUGACUGUUUGCAAGGCUGCUUUGUUGUGACAUGUACCCUCUGUGCAUUUAUAAGUCUUGUGUGGUUAAGAGAGCAAAUAGUUCAUGGAGGAGCACCUCAAUGGUUGGAGCAGAAUCAGCCACAACCUCUAAAUGGUUUAGGGCAGCAGAACGAGGCACCAGGAGCUGUAAAUGUAGUUGCAGAGAAUGUGGCUCUUGAGCAGCCUGCCAACCCUCCAGCUGAUCUUGCAGUUGUGGGAGAAAAUCCUGAAAUCCAAGAGGAACCGGCAGAUGAUGAAGAAGAAGAGAAUGAUGAUGAAGAAGAUGCAGUGAUUGAAGACGCAGCAGAUGCAAAUAAUGGAGCACAAGAUGACAUGAACUGGAAUGCUUUAGAAUGGGAUCGAGCUGCAGAAGAACUGACCUGGGAGAGGAUGCUGGGACUUGAUGGAUCCUUGGUAUUUCUGGAACAUGUUUUCUGGGUGGUAUCCCUGAAUACCCUAUUCAUUUUGGUUUUUGCAUUUUGCCCUUACCACAUUGGCCACUUUUCUGUUGUUGGUCUGGGAUUUGAAGACUAUGUACGAGCCUCUCACUUUGAAGGUCUUAUCACAACAAUCGUGGGCUACGUUUUGUUAGCAGUCACAUUAAUUUUAUGCCAUGGAUUAGCAGCAGUAGUAAGAUUUCAACGUUCACGGCGUCUUUUGGGUAUUUGCUACAUUGUUGUAAAGGUUUCGUUAUUGGUGGUUGUUGAAAUUGGUGUAUUCCCUCUCAUCUGUGGCUGGUGGCUAGAUAUUUGUUCUUUAGAAAUGUUUGAUGCAACGUUGAAGGAUAGAGAGUUAAGUUUUCAGUCUGCUCCUGGCACUACUAUGUUUCUACACUGGCUUGUUGGAAUGGUUUAUGUAUUUUAUUUUGCAUCUUUCAUUCUGCUGUUAAGAGAGGUGCUGAGACCAGGUGUUCUUUGGUUUCUGAGGAAUUUAAAUGAUCCAGAUUUUAAUCCAGUCCAGGAAAUGAUUCACCUGCCAAUCUAUCGUCAUCUCAGGAGAUUUAUUUUAUCAGUGAUUGUCUUUGGGUCAAUUGUGCUGCUUAUGCUUUGGCUUCCAAUUCGUAUAAUAAAGAACAUGUUGCCUACCUUUUUACCAUAUAAUGUUAUGCUGUAUAGUGAUGCUCCAGUAAGUGAGCUGUCUUUGGAACUACUUCUGCUGCAGGUAGUCCUUCCUGCCUUAUUGGAACAAGGCCAUACAAGACAGUGGCUGAAAGGUUUAGUCCGAGCAUGGACUGUAACAGCUGGUUACCUGCUGGAUUUACACUCCUAUCUCCUUGGAGACCAAGAAGAGAAUGAGAAUAACGUUAACCAGCAAGCAGCCAACAAUAAUCAGCAUGCUCGAAACAACAAUGCUGCUCCAGUAGUCGGGGAGGGCCUUCAUGCAGCCCAUCAAGCCAUCCUGCAACAAGGAGGUCCUGUCGGUUUUCAGCCGUACCGAAGGCCCAUCAAAUUUCCUCUCAGGAUCUUUUUAUUGAUAAUCUUCAUGUGUAUAACAUUAUUAAUUGCAAGUCUUAUCUGCCUUACAUUACCAGUGUUCGCAGGGCGCUGGUUAAUGUCUUUUUGGACUGGAACAGCGAAGAUUCAUGAACUUUACACAGCUGCCUGUGGACUAUAUGUGUGCUGGCUCACAAUACGGGCUGUAACUGUACUUGUUGCAUGGAUGCCACAAGGUCGUCGAGUCAUUUUAUUAAAAGUAAAAGAGUGGUCCCUCAUGGUGAGUCCUCCAGAGAUAAUGAAAACCCUGAUUGUUGCCCUUCUGCUAGCUGGUGUUGUACCACUUCUGCUUGGAUUAUUAUUUGAAUUGGUAAUUGUUGCACCUCUUCGGGUUCCUCUUGACCAAACACCCUUGUUUUACCCUUGGCAGGAUUGGGCUCUUGGAGUUUUACAUGCCAAAAUUAUUGCUGCGAUUACCCUAAUGGGUCCUCAGUGGUGGCUGAAAACUGUAAUUGAACAGGUUUAUGCAAAUGGAAUACGUAAUAUAGAUCUUCAUUUUAUAAUUCGUAAACUAGCAGCUCCUGUGAUCUCUGUUCUUUUAUUAUCACUGUGUAUACCAUACAUAAUUGCGGCUGGCAUUGUACCAUAUAUUGGAGUCACCCCUGAAAUGCAGAACCUUGUGCAGCGUCGCAUUUAUCCUUUUCUACUAAUGGUGGUCAUUUUGAUGGGAAUACUCUCCUUCCAGAUACGCCAGUUUAAGCGCCUUUAUGAACAUAUAAAGAAUGAUAAGUACCUUGUUGGGCAACGACUUGUGAAUUAUGAGCGCAAAUCCGGCAAAUCAAGCACAUCGUCACACCCUCCUCAAACAACACCGGAAUAAACUAUAUUACUCCUGGUUUGCAACUUGCCCUUUACCAUCGACCAUUAUUUUUCUCUUUCUUAGCCUACAGUUCAGUCCUCUCUUUGGGCAGUUCACAGGCAAUGUCUGUUAUAUUGCUACAUCUCCAGCAUUCUGACAGAGAGCAAAGUCAACUUAAGAAUGAUUAGUACUCUUUGAAUUUUUGAAAAUGCUGGCAUGAGGCCAGAAGGCAAAUGGAAAAACACCUACUGCUAUGUCCUAUGGAAUAUCUUAAUUGUAAAUCUAAAAACAAAUGUAUAUUAAUUUAUUAAAUCUAGUUGUCACUUUAUUAUUUUUAUUUUUUUCUUCUAUGGACAUUUUCUGUUCACAUGGAACAAGUGUACUGUGAAAGCAUUGGCACAAACAAAUGACGGCUCCCUGUUCAAAGUUCAUUUGGUCUAGAAUUAUAUCCUCUCGGUGUGGUCAUGAGGCUGUUGCGAGGACAUGCCUGCUUGCACAAAUGUCACAGUGGCAAUCUUAUGAAAGAAACGUGAACAAUAUAUUUUCUUUCGUAUGACACCAAAGUUUCUUUUUAAUGCUUUGAUUUAUAUGUUGUACAGUAUAAUGUGGGUUAGUUAGUAAAGCAAAUCAAACUAGCCAAUUAAUACAUUGAAGUCUCUUUUGGUUAGUACUGAGGAAUGUGUUGGACAUCUUCAAACUAUUGUUCCGUUCGCAAGGUGUAAUGACAUAGCAGUUCUAAAACGGCUCUUACCAUCAAUACAACUUUUUUUUUUAACAACAAUUUUUUUUUCUUAUAAAAGUUAUGUAACAAAGCAAUUUGGAUUUAAAAUGUAAGGAAAAACAUUCAGGUAUUUGUCUAUUUAAAGACAAGUGGAGUUAGUAUGCAGCUUUGUGUUGAUUCAUGUUGAUUGUCAUCUUUCAUUAAACCAUUUUGCAUUUUCUUUUAUCAAA